AUGUUUGGGAUCGAGAAAACCCCGAAUCAUCCUUGUCGAUCGUCACACACACACGGCAGCAUGCCGACAUGCCAGAUGCUGGGCAGCAUAAGCUUCUUCGCGAUAUUACGUGCAGAGACGUCGAGGUCAACAAUGGUUCACAAUGGGGACGGCCGAUGCGAGACAGAUCACAACAAUCCCAGGAGACUGCAAGUGGCACAUCCUAGGUGGGUCGGCUUUGGUCUUUCUGUAUGUAAGCCUGUGAGCCAUCUCAUCCCCACGUCAUCCGAUGUUAUCAAUGGAUGCGUCAGCAUGUCGGAAAUUUUCAGUCACUUUGAAUGGCAGCAGUGA